AAAAAAAAAAAAAAAAAAAAAAGCAUACUAAAAUAGAAAAUAAGACACAUCCUGUGAGGAAAAAUAUGGCAGCAAGUGUGUUUUUCCUGAAAAGAGAGCAUUUUGUCGAUGCUGCCUCCAGGCCCAGGUCUUAUCUGGUUCAGCGGGGAGGAUGUGGUCAGUGCUGGGAGGCUUUGUUGAUGGGUUGACUGGUGCUGUUGUAGGGGCUUUGCGGGAUGGUGGUCAUUGUUCCUGUGCGCCUGGGUUAUAGAAAACGUCUGGCGUUAUGCAGAAAGCCUGUUCCUGUGGGGGGUAUAAUAAGAGUCUGGGUACUUGAGUAUCUCAAAGUCAGUUUUGCGAAAUUCACCCACACUGAAAGGACUGAGCUGCCUCAGAAUCAGCCACACCGGUGAUGGAGACUCAAACUGACUUGGAGGUGAUCUUAGAGUUCCUUGAGGAGUACUACAAACAAAACAACGGAGAAAAUGUGGACAAGGUGUACUGGACUGCAGAAGAACAAUCACGUCAGCACUGCUGGACGUACUACGAGCCACCUAGCAUCAAACCUGCUCUUCAGCCUUUGCUGGCACAUGACGCCCCUCCAGCACUAUGCCAAAACACAACGCCAUCAUUGUGUGAGCGUGGGUCACUGCCAGACUUUGUAUCAACAAGACUGCCAACCAAACGCCCGGCCACAGUAGCGGGGAGUGGUAGAAAGGUGCGACUCUACCACUUCCUGUUCGAGAUGUUGGAGGAUCCAAACAUGGCCCACUGUGUGUCCUGGGUGGCAGCAGCCGCCGGCAUCUUCCGCUUCUCCUCCACCAACAAGGACCAGGUGGCGGCUCUGUGGGGCCAGAGGAAGGGCAACAAGAGGCCCAUGACCUACCAGAAGAUGUCCCGCGCCCUCCGGAACUACGCCCGGUCCGGAGAGAUCUUCAAGGUGAAGAAGAAGCUCACCUACCAGUUCGGCUGGGACACCCUGGUGUUACUGCAGAAGUGUCAUCGAGGAAACCCAGACGUUUUAACUGUGUGACCAAUGAG